AUGUCAGGCAUACAGACUACUCUGGUGACCCUGCUAUGGCUGUGGGGAUGGUGGCUGCCCCCUGUCCUGCCCUCGUGCACCACGGGCCGGCCAGCAGAGUGCAAGGCUGCCCUGUCAGCUCCCGGUACCAACCUGGCGGGCGAGGGUUUCAACAUUGUCACCAUGGAGCGCAAGCAGGCCUAUGUUGUUGACGUGGACAACUGGAAGACCCAAAAUGGAGCCUGUACCCUCUGUGUUAACCCUUUCAUGGAGGGCCAGACUCAGAGGCUGCCUGCGGCUGUGGUGGACUGGCGUCCCUCGCAUCAGUGUCACAUGAAGUUGUCCAGCAUUGUCUACGACUCCAGCGAGUCGUUUGUGAGCAGCAGCCAGACAGAUGUGGACGGCAGUUGGCAGAUUGGUCUGGAAGUUAAUGUCCCCAAGGCUAAUGGGUCGGCCAUGGUGGGGGGUACCCACUCCAGAGCUGCCAAGACGGUGAUGAGCCAGUCCAAGAAGGACAAGUACAGCUUCAUCAAACAGGAUAUACACUGCUCCUAUUACAGUUACCGCCUUAUAGAGGACCCUCCCCUGCACCCUGAGUUCUCUCGCUCCCUGGGCAUCCUGCCCCCCCUCUACACCGAACAGACCAAGGCUGACUACAAUCGUUUCCUCGCCACCUUUGGUACCCACUAUAUCCGGAAGGUUAAACUGGGGGGGCGGGUGAAGAGCGUCACCUCACUGCGCGUGUGUAAGGCGGCCAUCAAUGGUUACAAUGAGAACGAGGUCAAGGACUGCCUGGAGGCCGAGGCCUCUGUCGCCACCAGCUCCGGAACAGCCGAAGCCAAUGCAGAGACAAAGUUCUGCAAGAAUGACCUCAAGAAACGUAACACCAGUGACACCUUCAGCAGUACCUUCAACGAGAGGUUUACCGAGGUGGUGGGGGGACAGACGGACGGAACGCCCGACCUGCUCUUCUCCAAGAUUGGUGAAAACUCCAAGGCCUUCGCUGAUUGGGCAAGUAGCCUGAAGACCAUACCUGAUAUCAUCAACUACUCCCUCCAUCCUCUCCACCUAUUGGUGAAAAAGUCCAGCAAGAGGGCGGGGCUGAAGAAGGCAGUGGAGGACUACAUCCUGAAACACGCCCUGUUCAAGCACUGCUCCGGGAAGUGCAAGGGAAGCUCCAGGUCCAGUACCCAUGACUCCUGUCAGUGUGUGUGCCAGACCAGUAAGGAGAUGACCAGCCAAUGCUGCCCGCAGGAGAAGGGCUUGGCUCACGUGACCGUCACCGUGAAGAAAGCCAGGGACCUCUGGGGGGACACCACCUCCCAGACCGACGGCUUCGUCAAGGUGGCCAUGGACAAAGACUUCAAGCAGACCAGGGUGAUCCAUGACAACGACAACCCCGUGUGGAAUGAGGUCUUCAAUUUUGGGACAGUCAAGCUCUCCCUGGCCAGCGAGCUCAAGUUUACUGUAUACGAUGAAGACAAUUGGUCGAACGAUCUCCUGGGGGAAUGCAAAGUCCAGCCCGUCAAAGCUGGGUUUCAUAACAGUAUGUGUCCCAUGAAUCACGGCAGCCUGUUCUACUCCUACAAGGUCGACUGCGCCCCAGGGCUUGGGGGCCUCACCUGUGGGGAGUACGCCCCUUCCAGCAUGAACUCUGACCUCUCUUACCUCUAUACCUCCCGCAACGCCCUGAACAUGACUCAGGAACUGCUGGCUCACAUCCGGAUGGGCCGGCCCCUAGGAGACCCUUUGACCUUCUUGGUGAAGCAGAGGGAUAAUGAUCACCCUGCCCUCAGUGAGCCGUGAUCAAAACAUAUGCCCUGUAAUGCCCUGUAAACGUUAGUCUGCCUAUCUAACCUUAAUGCAUACCAUUUCU